AAAUUAAUUCAUGUAAGAAGAAAAAAAAACAAUUAUUACAAAGCCCUUUACUCCUGUAGCCUGACAUCAACGGUCAGCGACCUUGAGUCAACAAUCCAAACAUUAAAACAUCACUUAAUCACUAGUUCUACUUUAAUAAUUGUCGUCGAAUAUACCUCCUACCCUUCUCUCUCUCUCUCACACACACAUUUGAGUAAAAUCAAAGCAAGAAAUAACCAUGGCCACUGGUGACUCAGACCGGCCGCAUAUUCUGGUGUUUCCAUACCCAGCACAAGGCCACAUGCUCCCACUCCUAGACCUCACCCACCGCUUGGCCCUCCAAGAUUUCAUCAUCACCAUUAUAAUCACCCCCAAGAACCUUCCGACUCUACGCCCACUCCUCUCUGCUCACCCCGCCACUAUCGACACCUUGGUCCUCCCCUUCCCGGCCUACCCCACCUUACCCGCCUGCGUCGAGAACGUCAGGGACAUCGGCAACGCCGGAAACAUCCCCAUAUCCAACGCCCUUGGAAAACUCAGGGACCCCAUCAUACACUGGUAUGAAUCCCAUCAUAAUCCCCCCGUUGCCCUUAUCUCCGACUUUUUCCUUGGGUGGACCCUGCACCUUUCCCACCAUAUUAAUAUCCCCAGGAUAGCCUUUUUCUCAUCUAGGGUUCUUUUAAGCUUUGUUCUUGAUCAGUGUUGGAGUGUUUUGAGUGCCUUAGAUGAGAGUUUUUCCUCGGUCGUUGAAUUCCCUGAUUUCCCUCGAUCGCCGUCCUUCAAAGAGGAACAUUUGCCUUCCGUGGUGUGGCUCUGCAGGGAAUCAAAACCCGAGACUGAUUUCGUCAGAGAUGGCCUAAUGGCAAACUAUUCCAGCUGGGGUUGUGUUUUUAAUACCUUCGAAGGUUUAGAAGGAGAGGAUUUAAGAUACUUGAGGAAGAAAUUGGGCCACCGGAGAGUCUAUGGAGUUGGCCCAUUAAGUUCGCUUGGCAUUAUGGAAAGACCUGAUCUUGAGAAUAAUCCAAAGUGUGCAAGUGUUGUGGCUUGGCUUGAUGAGUGUCCAGAUGACUCGGUGCUCUAUGUUUGUUUUGGGAGUCAGAAGCUGCUAAAGAGGCAGCAAAUGGAGGCCUUGGCUUCUGGGCUUGAACAAAGCGGGGUCCGAUUCAUAUGGGUCGUGAAAACCGGCACCGCCAAGCAGGUUACAGCAGGGAUUGGUGUUGUUCCAGAUGGAUUUGAAGAGAGGAUGGGUAAGAAGGGAUUGGUUAUAAAGAGUUGGGCACCACAGGUAUUAAUACUGGGCCACCGAGCUGUGGGAGGGUUUCUAAGUCACUGUGGAUGGAACUCGACACUAGAAGGCAUAGCAGCUGGGGUGAGGAUAUUGGGGUGGCCAAUGGAGGCCGACCAGCAUGUAAACGCUAGGCUGCUGGUGGAGUACAUGGGUAUAGCUACCAGGGUGUGCGAGGGAGCUGAUGCAGUGCCCGAACCUGCUGAGCUGGGGAAGGUGAUUGCCAAAUCCAUGAGUGGGAAUGCACCUGAGAAAAUGAGAGCCAAAGAGUUCAGAGAGAAAGCUCAUGCGGCAGUGAGCGAUGGCGGGAGCUCUUUGAACGAUUUGGAUGAGCUUGUGAGAGAGUUGCACCAGCUCCAUAAGCCUGUUGCAAAUGAGAUAGUGAAGGAAUGAACUUGAGAAAGUGAAUGACUGCAUACCAAAAUUAUGUUUCAAUCUAUAAUUAUAUAAAUUUGUACUUAGAUGAUUCUGAUUCAUAGCUUGUAUGUGCUAUAUUAGAGCAGCGCAAGGAAUUAAUAUAAUAUGUACCCCGAAUCAUCAAUAAAAUCGGCAUAGAUGUGUCAAGAUUAUUAAUCCAAAUAA